CUCAUUGGAAACAUCAACACGAAAAACGUGAGAAACGGCAACCCUGUGUUCUCACAAAACAGUACCGAGUGUGGCACUUGGCCGUGCCUACAGUGCCCACAUGCCGUCGGCACACACCCAAAUGUUUGUGUUAUUUACCCUAAAAUUGCCAUGUGAUAAUUUCAAAAAGUGUCAUCCAACAAUUCCAUCAUCAACAAUGUAAUCAGCCACCAACGUGCCAAUAACCACCGAAAAUGUGGACAACAACUAAAACAACAAAAUACGGAGUCGCCGUUUAUAAUUGGAGGGGCGAUACGAGGUAUGGGCUGCCCCUCGAGAUUGGCGAGACAGUUCAGAUAUUGGAAGAGUGCGCAGAUUGGUAUCGAGGCUUUUCUACGAAGAAUCGAACAGUGAAGGGCAUAUUUCCAAGCUCCUAUAUUCACCUAAAGCCAUGCAAAAUAGAGAACGAGGGCCUCUUCGAGUCCGUUAUACCCGUCGAGGAUCCUGUGGUGAGGGAAGUCACCCUUGUACUACGGGAAUGGGGUUCUAUCUGGAAACGACUAUACGUAGAACGAGAGAUCUACAAAUUCAACACACUGAGAAAAGUUAUGAGAGAACUUUUGGAAUGGCGAAGGCAAUUGUUGGCCGGUACAUUGACCACCGAUCAAACACGAGAACUCAAACUUCGGAUUAUCAACAAGGUCGACUGGGGAAAUCGAAAAUUGGGAUUAGACCUGGUGCCUCGUCAAGGAGCGCACAUGGUGGAUCCCGACACGAUGUCGGUGGUGGAGCUCUACCACGUGCACGUGCAGAGCGCGGAGAAUUCUCAGGGUGCAUCGGCCCGAGGCACUUUGCGUCGUAAGGAGCACAAAAAAGUACUCACCCAUCACCUGUACUUCUGCAUGCGAGACUUUGGCCACUCGGUGGGUGAAGAUGCUGAAAUUUACUUCUCCCUGUUUGACUCACGACGUGGACAAUAUUUGAGCGAAAGAUUUUUGGUGAGAAUAUCCAAGGAAGGAUUCUCCAACUAUAUCGAGAAAUUGCACAGCAAUUGCACUAUAUUUACGGACCUGGGUAAUGCCGAUUUGAGUCGGGAUUUGUACGUCGUCGCUCAUGUCAUGAGAUGUGGCAGAAUGCUUUAUUCUGAUUCCGGAAAAAAUAAAGCUGGAAGUGCUGUUUACAGAAGGCCACAUGGGGUGGGUGUGCUACCACUGGCUGAAGCUGCCCAAGAUCACACUGAGGAGUUGGAAAUGACUUUCAAGGUGUAUCAAGGUGAAGAAAAAGAAUUUCAUCAACUUCACGAGCAAAUAAUCCGAAACAACAAGUGUUCGCCUCUGCCAGGCCAGCCGAAUUACGGUAUAGUGGUCUCCCUUCGUGUCCUCCACGGAGAGCUUUCCCAAGUGCGAGAGGAAAAUCCUCUGCUCUUCAAAAACAUCUGCCUAACACGAAAGCUCGGCUUCUCGGACGUGAUAAUGCCAGGUGACGUGCGAAAUGACUUGUACCUGAGACUAGAGAGAGGUGAAUUCGAACGAGGUGGUAAAUCCACUGGUAAAAAUAUCGAAGUAACGAUGCUGGUUCUCGAUGCUGAGGGCCAGCCCUUGGAAUGCUGCCUCUUUGGAGCAGCUGGUAUGGAGGGUAGCUCUGAGUACCAGAGUCUCGUUAUCUACCACCACAACAGCCCCUACUGGGGUGAGUCAGUGCGAUUAGCAGUGCCAAUAGAUAAAUUCUACGGUAGCCACAUUAGAUUUGAAUUUCGUCACUGCUCGACUCGCGAGAAAAAUGACAAGAAAUUAUUUGAUUUUGCUUUUGUUCGCCUAAUGGAUCCCGACGGUGGAGCUACAAUUCAGGAUGGCCUCCACGAGCUCUACAUAUAUAAAUGCGAGGAACGUGCCAAACUCGAUUCACUCAGUUAUCUGUCACUGCCUAGUAGUGCCAGAGAGCCCAAUUGUCCGGGGAUUCCCCCAUUUACCAGAUCACCCAAAGAAGCUGUAUUCAUAACCACACUUCUUUGCAGCACAAAACUCACCCAAAACGUCGACAUCCUGAGUCUUCUCCAGUGGAAGGCACAUCCUGAUAAGAUAUCAGAGGCCCUGGGUAGGGUUCUCAGGCUCGAUGGGGAGGAACUCGUCAAGUUCCUCCAGGACAUCCUUGACGCUCUCUUUGCUAUGUUUCAUACUGAGGAUGGAAAUUCCACUGAGCAUUCUGGUCUUGUUUUCCAAGUGCUCGUGUCGAUAUUCAGUUUGUUGGAGGACUCCAAGUUUGAGCACUUCAAGCCCGUGAUGGACGCUUACAUAUCUGGACAUUUUGCUGCUGCACUCGUUUAUAAAGGAUUAUUGAGUAGUGUGCAGCAUUGUGCAGACUGGGUGACUGCUGCAGAAAAACAGGAGCCCAUUAUGAAGUGCUUCAGGUCGCUCGAGUAUAUUUUCAAGUUUGUUAUUCAGAGCAGAUUACUUUUUGCCAGGGCAACCGCUGGGCAGUACGAGGACAGUUUCAGGAGGGAUCUUUUUUCAGUCUUUGUGGCGCUCAAUAAAAUGCUUACGAUACCAUAUGAGAUGGUGCAUGACACACAACGGGCGCUACUCAUGUCUGUAUCCGCUGUAUUCGAGGAACUUACCCAGCUUCUCCCCGCCCUGGAAGUUGCGAAAUUGACGUGCACGAUGCUGGACUCAAUCCCCAGGGAUCCACCGCCACCGUUGAUCCAAGCAAAACUCCUGGCAAUAAAAAAUCUCGUAACUUCCUCCCUUUUUCAAGACGACGAGAGCCGUAAUCUCCUUCUCUCCACAAUGUGCAAACACUUGAAGAUUCACUUAGCCCGGAGAGAAGAGCUGAGAAUGUGCACUGAAAUUCUCGGUGAGAUCCUCAGUUUUCUCCACAAACGAGGAAGAGACACCAACAAAGUGAAUAAUUGCAUCCAUCACGAUAUAGAAACAUUGUGCAUCUCCCUGCUGGAUAUUCUCGUGCAGACGAUUCUGAUAAUUAUAAAUGCUAAUGGGCCUGUCUUGGGGUGUCUCGUUGCCUGUCUGAUUGGUCUCCUUCAGCAGCUGGAUGAGUACCAUUAUGCCAGACUGUGGGAGGAGUUGACGAGGGGAGGCGAGAGAAAACCCCUCAAGGAUUUUCUUCUCAGGGCUUUUCUUGUGCUGAAGGACCUCGUCCGCCAGGAGAUAUUUCCACCUGAUUGGCUGGUCAUCAGGAUGCAGGCGAAUAAUGUAAUCCUGAGGAGUUUGGAGGAAUUGGCUCAGCCACUGGCCUUCAAAUUUCGACAUGGAAACUUUGACUCACAGCUGUGGUCCAUGUAUUUUAAUUUGGCUGUGGCUUAUCUUACACAGCCGUCUCUCCAGCUGGAGCACUUCUCCGAGGUAAAGAGGGAGAAGAUUGUGGAGAAGUACGGGGAUAUGAGAGUCCUCAUGGGCUUCCAGAUUCUCUCGAUGUGGUCAAAUCUGGGGGAGAAAAAGCUCGAGUUUAUUCCGGGAAUGGUAGGACCCUUUUUGGAGGUCACACUCGUCCCUGAGAGUGAACUCAGGAAGGCAACUCUACACAUAUUUUUCGAUAUGAUGGAGUGCGAGCAGAGGGCCAGGGGAAGUUUCAAAUCUGUUGAGUCCGAGCUCAUUGAUAAACUGGAUAUUCUUAUCAGUGAGAAUAAGGGCGAUGAUGAGUAUCGACAAUUAUUUAAUACUAUGGAGCACCUCAGUGCUGUGUUAUUAGAUCGUGUACAAUCAGAGGAUCCCACCUGGAAAGACAGUGGAACGGCUUUCAUUACUUCAGUGACUCGACUCCUUGAGAGAUUACUGGAUUACAGGAACGUCAUUCAGGGGGACGAGAACCGUGACAAACGCAUGUCAUGCACGGUGAAUCUACUGAACUUCUACAAAAAUGAAUUCAACCGCAAGGAAAUGUACCUCAGGUACAUCUACAAGCUGCAUGAUCUUCAUCUUGCGGCGGAGAAUUAUACAGAGGCUGGAUUUACCAUGAAACUCUAUGCCGAUCAGUUGAGCUGGGAAUCGACGACACUUCCGGCUGAUCAUGCCCAUCCACAGCAACCAGAAUGGCAGAGAAAAGAGCUUCUCUAUCAUCAGAUUAUCCAUUACUUCGACAGGGGCAAGUGCUGGGAAAAGGGGAUCCCCCUAUGCAAGGAGUUGGCUGUGCUCUACGAGAAUCGUCUCUACGAUUAUGCUAAACUCAGUCAUAUUCUCAAGAUGCAGGCCAAAUUUCUAGAUAAUAUUCUGACGCAGCUCAGACCGGAGCCUGAGUAUUUUCGCGUCGGCUUCUAUGGACUCAGUUUUCCACUUUUUGUCAGGAACAAGCUGUUUAUUUAUCGAGGCCUGGAGUACGAGAGGAUAGGUGCCUUCACCCAAAGACUUCAGACUGAAUUUCCAAGUGCACAAAUAUUGAUGAAAAAUUCACCACCGGAUGAGAGUAUUAUUUCCUCCGAGGGGCAGUUCAUCCAGAUCUGCAACGUAAAGCCAAUCCCCGAGGAAUCGAGUCUGGCUUGUAGUUUCUCAGAAAUUCCAGACCGCAUCGUAGUCUUUUACCUCGUAAAUGACGUUCGCAAGUUCACAUUUGAUCGUCCCCUGCACCGAGGCCCAGUGGAUCGAGAAAAUGAGUUCAAAUCCCUGUGGAUUGAACGAACGUCGUUGCUGACAGAGGCUAAACUGCCAGGAAUUUUGCGCUGGUUCGAGGUAAUCGAGCGUCGAACGGAGCUGCUUGCACCAGUGCAAUACGCCUGCGAGACAAUGCAGAACGUGGAGUCAGAGUUGCGAAGGCUAGUCGCCCAGUACACAGCAGAGCCCCACAGGAACAUAAAUCCCUUCAGCAUGCGCCUCCAGGGGAUUAUCGACGCUAAUGUCAUGGGGGGUAUCACAAAGUACCAAGAGGCUUUUCUCACUCCAGAAUUCUCGAGACUAAAUCCAGAGAUGGUGCCCCACGUUAAUAAAUUGAAGAACCUGAUCUUGGACCAAGUCAGUGUCCUUGAGUCAGGACUGCUCCUUCACGGCCAGAUUGCACCAGCAGGUGUUCAACCCCUGCACAAACGCCUGAUCGAGAGGUUUAGCCAGUUGAAGCAGGGGCUGGGAGCCCUCACCAGGCAAAGGACAAUCCACCAAGACAGUAUUAUUAAUUCUCCAUUACCUCCACUUCCCAUCAAUAGUGAAAAGCAGAGACCAGCCACCCUGGAGACGACAGGCUCCAGGAUGUCUCACGCAGACAGCGAUGGACUCCCUGAGGAAGAGGGAUUUUACACAAGAGUCGAUGGGGCACCGCCACCGAUACCCCAGAGAGAAGUGAGACCGAGAUCUGUAGGAUACGGCACCACUCCCCCAAGACCCACCCAUCACAGGACUCUCAGCAAACCUCUGAGUCCUAAAUUACCUCUCAGGCAUUCUCUACCCACUCCUACCGAGGUCAACGAGCAGGCCAAUAUGAGGAGCUCGUGGAGUGAGCCUGGACCUGAACAGGCACCCCCUCUCCCGCCCAGAGGAUGUACACCUGAUAAGAGAGAGGUGGCAGGUACAGCACCACCAGCUCCACCCAAGAGACUCGUACAUAAGAGGAAUAAUGAGUGGAGCACCGAGGAUGACACGGAGGAGGGCAACGAUCUCAGGGACAGCGGCAUCUCAACUACUAGUUUGCUGGAUUUUCAGAGCCAUUUGAGCCAUUUGAAUAAUCUCAGUUACGAAGAUUUUGAACCCAGAUCCAGGAGCAAUGACAUGAUGAAUAUUUCACCACCUUCUGUGAUAAGUACCCUCAGUGCGUCUAGUGGGGGAUUCACUGGGGUCAGCUUUCAGGGAUCCACGACUAUUUUCAGUCAGGAGUCAAGUCCACCACCAAUUCCACCGAAAGCCAGUCAAGAUCUUCCCUCGGCGCCAUCAACCCUGGAGCGUCCCUCCAAUCGUCUCCAUGCAGUUGCGAAUGCUGAAAACUACUCGGUCCCCAAACUCCAGACCCUCUCAGUCGCAUCCGACACCGAGAGCACCGUCUAGCAUCGUCCUAGUCCUUAGCAGUUAGUCCCACCGUUGAAAUCGGGAGCAUAACUAUUCAAUAAGCUACUUUAAUCAUUAAUUAUUUGCGAG